AUGCUGAUGCAAAUCCUCCAACAGCAGCAGCAGUUGAUGGCGCAACUCACUCUGACUCUUGGUACGCACGAUUCGGAUGAUUUUGUGUCGUAUUCGUGCAAAGUGAACAAAGCGUGUGUGGUCUUCAAGUUGCGAGAACUGUCCGAAGAGCAAUUUAAAUGUCUCAUUUUUGUGUGUGAUCUGAAAUCGUGGCGAGAUUCGGACAUUCGUAUUAGGUUGAUUAUCAAAUUGAAUGAGACAGAAGACAUUUCUCUGGAAAAAGUGGUGGAAGAUUGUAAAAGUUUACUGAACCUGAAACAAGACAACAGUCUUGUAAAAAAACAGCAAUCAUUCAGUGCUGUUAAUGCAGUUCAUCAGGAUCGACCUUCCAAGCCUAAACACAAACAAGGUGCCGGGGGGAAAGUGAACAACAAUCAACCAAAAACCCAAUCAACCGGAGGAUAUUGUGCCUGUUUUUCAUCUGAAAAUACCAGCGGCAAUAAAAACAAGAAGAAAAUGUACAGUUCUAAACACAGCAAGGAUGUGAAUAUUGUGUCAGUGAAGAACAUCAGUCAGCGGUGGAAGUACGUGGAAAUCUAUAUCAACGAUGUUCCGGUUCGGUUGCAGUUUGAUUCAGCGUCCGACAUAACAAUCAUCUCUGGCAAAUUGUGGCGAAAAAUCGGACAACCUCAAGGAAUUCCAUCGCCAUGCAACGCCAAAUCUGCUUCAGGGGAAUCACUUGAUCUCGCCCGGGAAUUUUUGUGCAAUGUAAACAUCAGUGACAAAACGAAGAAAUGUCUCAACGAUGUUUUGGAGUCGAAUCAGUGUCCGCUUCCUUUGCCAGAAGACAUUUUCACCAAGAUGGCCGAAUGCAAGUGUUUCAGUCACAUCGACAUAUCGGACGCGUAUCUACAAGUGGAAGUGGAUCCCUGA